CCUGUGAGUGGCAUCAGAUCAAAAAAGUUCAACAUAGUUUUGAAGACUGUGUUCUGAAUGGCACAACUCCACGAACAAACACCAUUCAGCAUGAAUGAAGAUAUGGUUCUCCAUAACUAUUUUCACUUCAAGGAAACUGACCUGUCUCAUCAAUUAUUAAAACAGCUUAAUGCCCAACGGAAAAAGGCGAUAUUGACUGAUGUCAUUCUUUGUGCUGGAGACAAGGAAGUUCCUUGCCAUCGAAACAUACUGGCAUCAAGUAGCCCUUACUUCAGGGCAAUGUUCUGCAACAACUUCAAAGAGAGUUUCCUAACCCAUGUCCAUUUGUUGGGGGUUCCGGUGGAUAUUCUUACUCAGAUUGUGGAUUAUGUCUACACAGGAGAGAUUACAAUAAAUGCAACAAAUGUUUUUUCUCUGUUGGAGGCUGCUGGUAUCUAUCAGUACCCCAAAGUGCUUGAGGCAUGCUCCUUGUACUUGCAAAAUCAAUUGACAGCUACAAAUUGCCUUGGCAUGGUGAGACUGGCACAAAUCUUCAGCUGCAAAAGUUUGGAGAAAAAGGCCAAGGCGGUUGCUUUGCAACAUUUCCCAGAGGUGGCAUCCUGUGAGGACUUGAAAGAGCUUACCUGCACUGAACUUGCAGACUACUUGGGGGAUGAUGAACUCUGUGCCGAAGAAGAGCAGGUUUUCGAUACUGUCACAACUUGGAUCAACCAUGACCCAAAGACAAGGCAAAAACACAUGCAUGAGCUCUUCAAGAAAGUCCGACUCCAGUAUGUCCACCCUACUUACCUCUUUCACUUCAUUGCCAAUAAUCCCUUUAUUCAGUCCUCACCUGUUUGUAGACACAUCUUGGAAUCAGUCAGCCGACUGAUAUUUUCCUUAAGCCUUGCAAACAGCCCGGAUAUCAUGCCUAUGUGGUGUGUCCCCCGCAGGUAUGCCUCUCAAGAGUUCCUGGUUAUUGUUGGAGGUAGGAAAAGUAACCAAGAGAUAACAAAGGAGGCAUUGCUUUAUGAUUCCAGGUCAAAACAGUGGGUAGCUCUUUCUAAGCUUCCUGUCCACCUCUACAAAGCUUCUUCAGUAUGUUUACACAGUAAUAUAUACAUCCUUGGAGGAUUGGUUGUUAAUAAUAAGAAGACCACCAUAAGUGCAUGUGUUUAUAGUUACUCCUUGAAAAUGAACCAUUGGAAGCCAGAAGUAGAUAUGUUGGUGCCAUGCUACUCCAAUCAGGCCAUAGCACACAUGAAUUAUAUUUUCUCCCUGGGAGGGGUUGGGCCAAGUCAAGAAAUACUAAAUACGCUGCACAGAUAUGAUAGCAUUUUCGGUGUCUGGGAGUCAAUGGCACCCAUGCCAGUUGCUGUGCUACAUCCAGCCAUUGCUGCCAAGAACCAAAGGCUCUAUGUUUUCGGUGGAGAAGAUGUUGUACAGAAUGCCGUUCGUCUGAUACAGGUUUACAACAUAUCAAGGAAUAUGUGGUUCAGAAUGGAGACAAGGAUGGUUAAAAAUAUCUGUGCACCUGCAGCUGUGAUUGGUGACAGAAUUAUUAUUAUUGGAGGCUACACAAGAAGAGUGAUUGCUUUUGACACAAAGUCAAGCCAAUUUGUAAAAUGUGCUGAUAUGAAAGAGAGGAAGAUGCAUCAUGGAGCUACAGUUAUAAACAACAAGAUCUAUGUAACUGGUGGACGGUUUGUCACUUCAGACAACAUUAUUGAAGACAGCGAUGCAAUAGAUUGUUAUGAUCCAGAGACAGACAGCUGGAUAUCUGAAGGAAAGCUGCCACAUAAACUGUUUGACCAUGGCUGUUUAACACUGCAUAGCAUCUCCUACAAGCCCCCUAUGCAUUGAUACAUUCAACGAUGGAAGAGUUGAUGUUCCUUUUGCUGUGGGUAUAGCUCCGGUUUCUGAUGAGAAGUCAAAGUAUCCAACCAAUUCCCAGUAAAGGCGAGUUGCAAGUGCAAAAGCCCAUCACAGUCAACUAUUGGAGCAAUCAAUAGUGCAUAAGACACAGUAGUUUGAAAUUAUCUUAAUAGCAAGAGUCUCCAGGAAGACUCCCCUGAAAAACCUGGACACAUCAGCAUGAGGAGAAGCAAGAUGUUUCCUUCCAGACUCUACAAAGCACUUCUCACAGUGAAGAGAGAAACUCAGGUCACUCACCCAAGCUCCCUUAAUGAGUGGAUCACUGAGUCACAAGGGAAAUAUUUGCAUUUAUAUUACACCUUUCACAACCUAAGGACAUCGCAAAGUGCUUUCAAGCCAAUGUAGUACUUCUGAAGUGUUGCCACUGAUAUAAUAGGAAACAUAGCAGCCAAUUUGCCAUAGCAAGCUUCCAUAAACAGCAAUGCGAUAAGUUUUUAAAACUUCUGUCAUAAGAUGUGGGCAUCACUGGUAAAGUCAUUGAUUGUUGCCCGUUGGUAAUUGUUCUACAUGAAAUGCUACAGUUCUUGUGAUGUAGGUAGACCCAAAACGCUGCUAGGAAUCUUGUCCAACCACAGUAAAGGAAUUGUGAUAUACUCCAAGUCAGGAUGGUGUGUGGUUCAGAGGUGGACUUGCAGAUGGUGAUGUUCCCAUGCAUCAGCUGCUGUUAUUCUUCCAGUUCACAAAGGUUUGGAAGGUGUUAUUGAUCGCACUGUCAAUGACCCAUUUGACAACUUUGUGGAUGAGAAAGAGGAGGCUGACGGGAACUAAUUGGGCAGGUUGAAUCUGUCCUGAUAUUUGUGGUCAGGGCAUACCAGGGCAAUGUUUGGGUUUUGUUGAGUGUUGUAACCAUACCAGAACAAGACAGCUUGGCUAGGGGCACAGUGGGUUCUGGAGAACAUCUUCAAUAGAACCCAGUUCAAUACCAAGUUCCUUGAGCCAUUUCUUAAUAUCAUGAGGAAUGAAUCAAAUUGGCUGAAGAAUGGGAUCUGUGAUGCUGGGGACCUCAGGAGGAGGCUGAGAUGGAUCAUCCACUCACCAUUCUGGCUUGAAGGUUUUUGCAAAUGCUUCAGCCUUAUCUUUUGCACUGAUGAGAUGUGCUCCUCCAUUAUUGAGAGUAGUGAUAUUUGUGGAACCUCCUUCUGUUAAUAGUUUAAUUGUCCACUGCCAUUCAUAACUUGGUAUGGCAGAACUUAC